AUGUCAUCUUUUAUGUUAAGCUUGAGUUCUAUCCUUCGAAGGUCCAUUCCUCCUACUGUUCUCUCUCAUGCUCGACAAACCCAUGUCCAAAUACUCAUCCAUGGUCUGAUUCACGAUGCCACACUUCAAACAGAUCUCUUGUUGGCUUAUUCUAAAGGUUCUCUUCUGUAUGCACGCAAGGUGUUCGACAAAAUGCUUGAACGAAACAUGCAUUCUUGGAACAUUAUGAUUUCGGGUUAUGUUCGAAAGUCUAUGCACCGUGAUGCUCUAAGUGUUUUCGAUGAGUUCUUGAACUCGGGUUUGAAACCAGAUCAUUACACGUUGCCUCUGGUUUUAAAGAUCUGUGCUGGGAUCGGUGAUGUUUUGCUUGGUGUAAUGUUGCAUGGUAUGGUGGUUAAACUCGGGUUCGAGAACUGCGUUGUGGUUUCGACUUCGGUUUUGGAUUUUUACUCGAAAUGCGGGAAAUUGAAUGAUGCACGGAUUGUUUUCGUGGGGUUGUCGUGGAAAGACUCAGUUGUAUGGAAUUCGAUGAUUUCAGGGUUUGCAAAGGCUGGUUUGCAUCUUGAGGCUUUGGAUUGUUUUAGAAACAUGCUUGGAAACAAAGCAGAAUUGGACUCGAUGACGGUUCCGACCCUUCUAAAUGUUUGCGGGAAACUAGGAGAUGUCACGAAAGGGAAAGAAAUUCACGGGCAAGUGCUGAAGAACACGGUCUUACAUAAAGAUACCGCCAUCGGGAAUUCAUUGAUCGACUUGUAUUCUAAAUGCGGCUACUUGUGUGAUGCUGAGAAGAUCUUCCUUAGCCUCAGAAAUCGUAAUUUGGUGACUUGGACUACGUUAAUAUCGUGCUACGGAUUCCAUGGAAACGGGAAAGAAUCUUUACGUUUGUUCGAGAAAAUGAAAGACUCGGGAUUCAAACCGAAUAGCGUGACUCUAACCGCCAUUUUAGCUAGUUGUAGCCAUUCCGGUCUUAUAGACCAAGGUAAAAAGAUUUUUAACUCUAUAAGAUCAUCAUACAGAUUCGAACCAACUGUCGAGCAUUACGCUUGCAUGGUGGAUCUUUUGAGUCGUUUUGGAUGGUUCAACGAGGCCAUAGUUUUGAUCAGAAGUAUGAAGACGGUCCCACCGGCUAGCGUGUGGGGUGCACUCCUUGCGGGUUCUUUGGUGCAUAGAAAUGUCGAGACCGGUGAAAUGGCAGCUCGCCAUCUUUUUGAAAUUGAACCAACGAAUGCUAGUAAUUACAUUGCGUUGUGUGGGAUAUAUGAUUCUCGAGGCAUGUGGAGCGAUGUUUCGAGGGUUCGAUCGGAAAUGAAAAGGUCGGGAUUCGGGAAAACUCCGGGAUGUAGUUGGAUUUCGAUCGGGGGCGAAAUACGUACUUUUUAUCAAGGAGAUUUCCAUUCUUCUCUUGGUCAUAAAAUUAAUGAAACAUUUGAAGGGAUUAUUGGAACACUUCUUUUGGUUCAUUCAGAAAUACACAUCGAUUUUUAA